AAAAAAGACUUCUUGGUCUUGUUGUCGGACAUGUUGCUGGCGAAGUGAAAGUUCUUGAAGGAGAUACACGGCUUCCUCAGACACUUCCUUGAGACUUUCUCCUCCCCAGGUACGUCUUAGACCUUCGUCAAGGUCGUCUGAGUUCGGCAGGAAGUACUUGUUUACCUAAUGACGUCACGGUAAACACGUCCUGCCGGCUUGCCUCAGUGCAACCAAAUACUCCACAUUCCUAAGGAGAUUGUGUUUAGAGCGGCCAUUUUCUUUGACCACCGGUCGUCUUAAGGUCUGACCUUCAGCAUUCUCCACAUACAGGGUCGUCAAGACGUCUUGACGUGUCUGUGGGGCUUCCUUAGGCGGGUUUGAGUGACUUGCGUGGGCCGAGGGUUUACAAUCCCACGCAGUUUUUCCCUGACUCACUCCAACUCCUUGGACUUCAAUCUUACCAUUUUUGGGCAUCGGGAGGUUCAGAUUACCACAAAACUAAGACGUUCUUGCCAAGAGAAGUACUCCCUCGCGUCGUCACCUUAAAUCCAGGUCCAAGACACGACUUCUAGUGCUUUUAAGAUCUCGCGGAUAUGCCAGUGUAAGGUUGAAUCGUUACUGUCGCUUCACUGAACAAAACCCCAAUCCAGAAUGUUAAAGUUUUCUAAAACAGGCAAGACAGCGUCUCAAGAACAACUCCACAACACCAGGAUGUCCUCGCAGCGUCUCGAGCAGGACAUGGGGUCCCUCUCGCUGUCCGACAAGUCUCGCCUGCCGCCGACCACCGCGCCGACGUUCUACAGCUCCGGGAAGAAGUUUGCUCCGGUCGUGGCGCCCAAGCCGAAAAAAUCUCAGGUCCAGGCAGCGUACCAGGCACAGAAGACCACGGAAUACUCCCCAAGUGGGGCGGGGGCAAGGACGCAGGAGAACUAUGCAAGUUACUACUCCACAACAAGACUUUACAUAGACGAAGGAACAGAAGACGACCUUCCCCCACCCCCACCUCCCGCUUUUGAAGGAGCCCAGCCCACACGAUAUGAUGAUGAUGACUUCCCUCCGCCUCCCCCACCACAAGAGAUGACGUCUUACUCCAGCGAACCGCUGCCACCCCCGCCCAACGUCGCCGAUGAUUCCUUCCCUCCCCCUCCUCCCGAAACAUCCUACUCCAAACGCUCCAAUGGCUACACCCGACCCCAGGAUCAGUAACCCCCUCCCCCACCAACCUCCCCCUCCUCCUCCUACUCCCCCUCCCCUGCACAAUCCUACUCCCCCCAACCCUCUCGUACAUACACCCCCCCUUCCAGCACCCGCUCCUACUCCCCCACCACCCCCUCCCAGUCUACCUACAACCCCCCUCGUACCUACACCCCCCCUCAGAGCAACUACACCCCCUCCAACACCUACAACUCCUACAGUCCCACCAGCACCUACUCUUCUUCAUCUUCCUCUUAUUCUACUCCUGGCUCCUAUAACCGCUCGCCGGAGAAGUCCACAUCCCAGCCUUACACCCCUCAGCAGCCGAAGGUUAACGUUACAGUGUCCCCGUCGUAUUCCUCGCCGAACUCCAACAUCCCGUCCUUCAACGUGUCCGUCAACUCGCCCGUGGCCAACCCGGCGUCGCCCCAGCCGCAGAGGUCAGGCGGGGUCACGCUGACCAAGAGUCCCGAGGAGGAACUGGACGUGCUGACCAAAUGUCUGGUGGACAAGAUGGAGAACCCGGAGACUGACUUCUUUGGAGGUAUCUGUGGUAACUGUGGACAGAAGGUGAUUGUGGAUGAGGAGGGCUGUUCUGCCAUGGACAAGGUCUUCCACGUCAAGUGUUUCACCUGCACCACCUGUGGUGCCAAGCUGCACGGAAAAUCGUUUUACGCAGUCGAGGGCCAGCCGACGUGCGAGGAUUGCUACAUCAACUCGCUGGAGAAGUGCUCUGUGUGUUCCAAGCCCAUCAUGGAGAGGAUCCUGCGAGCCACAGGCAAGCCUUACCACCCUGCCUGCUUCACCUGUGUCGUGUGUGGGAAGAGUCUGGACGGAAUCCCCUUCACUGUCGACGCUACCAACCAGAUCCACUGCAUCGAAGACUUCCACAAGAAGUUUGCCCCGCGGUGCUCAGUGUGCCAUGAGCCGAUCAUGCCGGAACCUGGUCAGGAGGAGACCAUCCGCAUCGUAGCCAUGGACCGCAGCUUCCACGUCGGCUGCUACAAGUGCGAGGACUGUGGAAUGGUGCUGUCCUCUGAGGCAGACGGGCGGGGCUGCUAUCCCCUUGACGACCACAUUCUCUGCCGCGACUGUAACGCCAAGCGGAUACAGGCCCUGUCGGCACGGAUAUCCACAGAACUAUAGAACACCGGACAGAACAGUGGUGAACUCUACUUCUGCGUUCUAAAGAACAUUUCAUCACGUCCUUACAUGUUCUUUAGAAUAGCAGAACAUUGCGACAUGUACCUAGUUAUAGAACACCAGACAGAAUGGUGGUGAGCUCUACUUAUGCCUUCUACCGAACAUUGCAUCUACAUGUAUACAUGCUCAUUUGAUAUGUACUACAGAAUAGCAGAACAAGGAUAUGUACAAUUUAUUCUAGAACAGCAGACCAGAACAAUCUGUGCUACAGAACUCUACUCCAGAAUUGCAGACCUCUAGAGCCACACUGUAUAGAACCGUGUAUAUAGCUCUACUAUAGAACAAACAUUUACGCAUAAUAAUGGCAAGCAGAAUAAUUGAAAGGGCUACAGAUUUGUAGAGUACAUACACAUUGCACUAGAAAGCAAUUUGCUAAUCACCAGAAGACAUGACAGUUUUAGCACAGCACUGAAAAGACAGGAAGGAUCUUACUGUUGAAAUUUCAUAUUGAAGCCAUAGUUGAAGAAAUUGAAGCUAUGCACAGGGCAGAACGACUUGUAUACAUUGAAUACAAAUAUAGGGCUUUUAAUCUGAAUAAUGCAAAACUGCAUAUAGUAAAAGCUAUGCAUUUCACUGGAGGAUAAAUUUUUAAAAAUCUUUUAAAUCAAGGAAUUGCUAACUGUAACACUAACAGUAGAUUUACAGAAUAUAAGACUGCACAGACAAGUACUGUGUAGAAACAACAAGACAAAGCAAGAGAAGUCUUGCUAGAAAAGAACCCAAAAUUAGCAUUUUAUCAAGUACAGUGUCAAGGACUGAAGGAGAACUAUAUUUCUACCUUAAGCAACUAAAGUAAGGUGAUAGUUUGACAGAUUUCAAAGACAGAGAAUAAGAAUUAGAUUGUGCCUUGGAAGAAAAAAAUUGAGAAGCCAGGAUUUUUUUUUACAUCUUUGAUGUGAUUUUGAAAUGUUGCACCAUUUACGAAAUGGAGGGUUUUUUUAUGGUUUUGCAGAAAAAUUGGAAGACAAUUUUUGCAAGGUUGAAACGUUCUCUGAUAAUAAAUAAACUUACUACAAUACUCCUUAACUUGAUAACUAGGGCUAGUAGUGUUAACUACUUGCUAUUUAGGUUUCUUGACAUAAUGAAAAGCUUAUUGAUCAUAAUAAUUUGUAUCAGAAUUAGAGUUGUAAAUGCCAAAAUGGCUGCCAAAAUCGUGGAGAGAGUACCUUUGAAUGUCAAAGGCGGUUUCCAUAAUGACUAAUGAAUAUUGCAUUAGCACAAUCAGAACCGCUUGCCUCAACUACACGUUUAUAUGUAACUGCUGAACAAUGUUUUAGAAAGACGAGUCUGUCAGCAUUUACGAUAAAGAAGUAUAGAUUUUAUCCAGGUAAUGAAGGUUACAUGGACUAUUGAGCAAAAGCUAGUAAAUCUUCACCAUAUCACUGUAUAUUUAACUCCCGACGUAACCAAAGCACCCCUGUUUUUAAAGUGGUAUUUCCCAGACCCCAAGUUUCCUGACUUGGACCAUUGCACUUGGCAUUUAUAAAUGGGGGUGUUUUGUAAUUUUCAGCAGCUUUUGAACUAUGCGAUAUAACAAUCACUAACAUAUAAUUAAUAUGAUAACCUUACAUAUCUUGCUCGUUGGUAUAUAUGAUAGUAUAUUAUGUUAUAUAUACGCAGUCAAAGUGACAAGACUUAGAGCUCUAUCUGAUCUGUAUACCUGUACAGUUAUAUGUACAAUGUACUUUUCUCAAUAUACCCUCCAAGCCUUAUUUGCAUGCUGUAUGAAUCAGGAUUUUUAGGGGGCUGAUAAUGUGUUUUUUUUUAUCCAUUCUAAUUGUUUUCUUUGUGGGAUAGCCCACAAUAAAUUCAACAUAAUUGAGUACAGAUAAGCCUAUCUGUUAGCCUAAAAAAACCUGACUCAUAGAGCUCCCAAAAGAGGGUAACGAUUAGCUGUAUUAUUAGCAGACCACAACACCCAAAAUUUGCCCAUGGUUUCAGCCUAAUUUAUAUUGGUUACUUGUUAGAAAAAAAAUCUGGAAACAAAAGGUAUGGAAUUUUUUUUAAACAAGUUUGUGUCACAUGAUCAGUGCAUUUCUGACCAAUCAGGAUGUUUAAUGUUGAAUAUAUUAUAGAGAAUGUUGUGAUUGGUGAAUUUCCAACCAAUCAGGCAUCGAGGGUAAUGUGGUCAGCACUAGUGUUUCUUUACUUGUCAGUUCUAACCUAUGUAUCUGGUAAAUAAAGUGUUUUUGUCCCUAGGAAGAAAAAUGUUUUAAUGGCAGUUAGAUGACUGCAAAGUGAAUUGUACUUAGUGUUUCUUGUAUGGGAAAGCAAGAAAUGGAACUUAUGUAGCUUUGUGUAUGUCUGACUUUGAAACCUGUUUUUAGUUUUUUGUCUUAUAAACAGGUAUUGAGGAGGAAACUAGACUCGUGUCCUCACAGUUGAGCCUAGAAUGACAGUUAUAAUGAGUAAGCAUUUCUUUUGAGAACAUGAGACUCCAUGUACUUGCCAAUGAGCUAGGCUAUGUAUUGUAUACUUAGCAGUCACAGCUUUGUACUAAAAGUAUUUUUAUUGAUUGUGCCUAGCUUCCUGUGUUAGUAGCAUCUGUGGUGAUAUGGUUCCGUAAUGGUGAUGUGUAUCUUAUGUUAUGUUAUGUUAGAUGUGCUUUCAGUACCGCAGAAAAGUGUUAAAAACACUUUCUUGGAACACUUCGGUGUUGAUCAUUGUAAACAGCUUCGAAUAUGUAUAAAAUGUUAUGCAUUUCCUGAAUAGAUAUCUUGCUAUCAAAGU